AUGGUGCUGGACUCAGGGGCUCAGGUGUAUGAGCAGGCACCCCCCAGCCCACCAGCCAGUCCCUCGUCCUUGCGCCAUAGGCUGAAGCCCUCAGACCGAGAUGGGACACUGCUGUACCCCUGGCCUCGGUCCCUGGCCUUGCCCCUGGCUCUGUCAAUCCCCUCAGCCCUGCGGCCCCAGCCUGAGCUGCAGCCCUUCUCAGAGCUGCACUUGGGCCACCGUGGCCACAUGCGUCGCAGUGAGAGCACCUAUACUGUAAAUAGUACUGGCCGGCGGGGGGGUGGCACCCAGGGUCGGGCCCCACCUGGACGGGGACGGGACCCAGGUGGGGGCACCCUGAGGUCUGCAGCCUCUCUUCCUCAUAUUGCUAAGAGUCGAAAGGAUGCAGGCCGUGGUGCCAGCAAGAGCCCUUGCAUGUUGGUGGCUUUGCGGCCAACUAACAUGGACCGUGAGCGGGACAAGUUCUUCCAGUCCCACUAUACCUACAACCCACAGUUCGAAUACCAGGAGCCCAUGCCCACGGCUGUGCUGGAGAAGUACUGUGAGGCUUCUGGACAGUUCAUCCAUCAGGCAGUAGGCAUCAUUGAGGCUGUCCUGGAGAAAUUUGGUACCUAUGAACACUUUGAAGCUGCAACUGGGGGCCAGCUGCUGACCAAGUGCCAGAUCUGGUCUAUUGUGCGCAAAUACAUGCAGAAGGAGGGCUGCGUUGGGGAGGUUGUUGUGCAGCUGAGUGAGGACCUGCUGUCCCAGGCAGUGAUGAUGGUGGAGAACAGCCGACCAACAUUGGCCAUCAACCUGACUGGAGCCCGCCAGUAUUGGUUGGAGGGCAUGCUGCGGCACGAGAUAGGCACUCACUACCUGCGGGGAGUGAACAACGCCCGGCAGCCGUGGCACAGCGCCGAGGGCCGGCUGCAGUACGGUCUGCGGCCAGCGAACCCCACGGAGGAGGGCUUGGCCAGCCUGCACAGCGUGCUGUUCCGCAAGCAGCCAUUUCUGUGGCGUGCCGCACUGCUCUACUACACCAUCCACCGCGCCUCGCGCAUGUCCUUCCGCCAGCUCUUCCAGGACCUGGCGCGCUACGUACAGGAUGCUGACGUGCGCUGGGAGUACUGUGUGCGCGCCAAGCGCGGGCAGACUGACACCUCGCUGCCGGGCUGCUUCAGCAAGGAUCAGGUGUACCUGGAUGGCAUCGUGCGCAUUCUCCGGCACCGCCAGACCAUCGAUUUCCCACUGCUGACUUCACUGGGCAAGGUGUCCUAUGAGGAUGUAGACCAUCUGCGGCCCCAUGGGGUGCUGGACAAUACCCGGGUGCCCCACUUCAUGCAGGACUUGGCACGCUACCGGCAGCAGCUGGAGCACAUCAUGGCCACCAACCGGCUGGAUGAAGCAGAACUGGGCCGCCUACUGCCUGACUGA